AUGGAGAAAUAUGAAAAAAACAAGAUCCCUUCCUUCUACCGUACAAUUCCCAAUGAAGAACAUCAGUACGAUGGGAUUGCGCAGUUACUCCUGCAUUUCCAAUGGAAAUGGGUCGGGAUCAUUGCAGGGGACGAUGAUAAAGGAGAAGGUUUCAUACAGGCACUGACCCCGGUGCUUUCCGAGAAGGGCAUCUGCUCCGCUUUCACAGAAAAACUUAAAAACAUUUUAUUGGUGGACACAUUGAAAGAUUUAAUACAAGACUUUAGGAACAUUUCCCUCUUUCUAAACACAACCCAAACCAAUGUAUUUGUUACAUAUUUUAACAGCGAGACGAUGGCAUCUUUGCAGCUCUUACUAAAAGUGGCAGAGAUAGCAAAGAUAUCUAUAAGUAAAGUUUGGAUCAUGACAUCUCACUGGGAAUUUGAACCGAUGAGAUUCCCAUGGGCUUUUGUAAGAGAAGUCUUCCAUGGUGCAUUGUCGUUUGCAGUUCAUUCCCACAAGGUACUGGGUUUCCAACUUUUCCUGCAUCUUCUAAGUACUUAUUUUACAAAGAGAAAUGGCUAUCUCAAGAUCUCCUGGGAGCAGGUGUUCAUCUGUUUAUUGCAGUACUUCAGUGCUGGUCAGGAGAACAGGGGAUUUUGUACUGGGAAGAAGAAUCUGGAGAACCUUCCAGGAGAUCUUUAUGGAAUGGGAAUGUCUGGCCAAAGUUACAGCAUCUACAUUGCCGUCUAUGCCAUAGCGCACGCUUUGCAUGCCAUGAACUCAGCUGGAUGGAGACACCGAGAAAUGAUAAAGGCAGAAAAGAAGCAGUUCUCACAACCAUGGGAGCUUCAUCAUUUCUUAAGGAGAAUUUCAUUUAACAGCACCGCAGGCGACCAGGUAUCUUUCAAUGAAAAUGGUCAACUGAUAGCUGGAUUUGAUAUUGCAAACUGGGUUUCUUUCCCAAACAAGUCUUUGUUAAGUUUGAAAGUAGGAAGGAUGAAUCCUCAGGACUCAGGAGACAAAAAGUUUAUUAUGAAUGAAGAGAGCAUAGCAUGGCAGAGCAUCUUUAAUGAGGUGCCACCUUCUUCUCUUUGUAAUGAGAAAUGCCACCCAGGUUACAGCAGGAAAAAGAAGGAGGGGAAGCCAUUUUGCUGCUAUGAUUGUGUUUCAUGUCCUGAUGGAAAGAUUUCAAAUGAAAAAGAUAUGGACAACUGUUUCGAAUGUCCAGAAGAUCAGUUUCCAAAUAAAGACCGAGAUCAAUGUCUUCGCAAGAGUUUAAACAGUCUUUCUUAUAAUGAAAUCUGGGGCAUCAGUUUGUCUCUUCUGGCUUGUUCUUUGGCUCUGAUCACAAUUGUGAUGCUUGGAAUCUUCCUUAAGAAUCAGCACACACCCAUUGUCAAAGCCAAUAAUCGUGAUCUUUCUUACGUUCUACUAAUUUCUCUCUUCCUCUGUUUCCUCUCAUCACUAUUAUUCAUUAUCCAGCCUGGGACAGUCAUCUGCCCUCUCCGACAAAUGGCUUUUGGCAUCAUCUUCUCGGUGGCUGUCUCUUGCGUGUUGGCUAAAACUAUGACUGUGGUUCUAGCUUUCAUGGCCACCAAGCCUGGAUCCAGCAUGAGGAAAUGGGUGGGGAAAAGAUUGGCCAUUCCCAUUGUUGCUUCAGCAUCUCUUGUUCAAAUUGUUAUUUGUACCAUUUGGCUGUGCACUGCUCCUCCAUUUCCAAAUGUUGACAUGCACUCUCUGGCAGAAGAAAUUGUGACUGAGUGUAGUAAAGGAUCUGUUGUCAUGUUUUAUUGUGUUCUGGGGUUCUUGGCAUUAUUGGCCUCGGUCAGCUUUAUUGUAGCUUUCUUUGCUAGGCACUUGCCUAGCACUUUCAAUGAAGCCAAAUUCAUCACUUUCAGCAUGUUGGUAUUUUGUAGUGUUUGGCUGUCAUUUAUUCCAGCUUACCUGAGCACCAAGGGAAAAUAUAUGGUGGCCGUAGAGAUCUUCUCCAUCCUGGCCUCCAGUGCUGGAUUACUUGGUUGUAUCUUUGCCCCUAAAUGUUUUAUAAUUCUCCUGAGGCCUGAACUAAAUAGCAAGGACCAGAUAAUACCUGGACAUGGUCAGGAGAAAUAG